AUGGGUUUCGAGGUAUUUGCUGUUUUGCUUGGUUCUACUAUGUUCGGAGCUAUCACAACUCCAUAUCGACGUGCAACUUCAUGCCAAUCUGCGUCAUUUGUUAGCAACCUCACUACUGGCUCCUAUUUACUCUCUACUGAUUUCAGACCGUCUGAGAUGGUAGAGCCAAAUAUUGAUGCAUUGAACGAGGUAAUGUUCUGA